AUGCAGAUCGAUGAGGAUCCUAGCUGGCAAGACCCCAUCAUUGACUAUCUAGUGGAUGAAAACCUGCUCGAGGACAAGUCCGAGGCCAGAAAAAUCAAGCAGAAGGCUGCAAGAUACUACAUGAAAAGCAACAUGCUUAUCCGCAAAUCAUACUUCGGGCCUCAUCUCACUUGCAUCAAGUACCCGCAAACGCUCGAGGUUCUCUGCAAGAUACACGACAGCGAAUGUGGAAAUCACGCUGGGGGCAGAUCGCUUGCUCAGAAGGCUCUUAGCAUAGGCUAUUUCUGGCCUACCAUGCGCCAAGACUCCACAGAGUAUGCUCGAAGAUGUGAUCGAUGCCAACGCUACAAGCCGGUCCCUGGCCUGCCCGCUAAGGAAUACCAUAUGCAGAACAGUCCAUGGCCAUUCAUGCAAUGA